AUGGAUCCAGGUACGAUAAUCACCCUCGUGGAUAUGUGCUACAGGAUUGGUGCCAAGUUGAUAGACGUAUGCUCGACCUGGAGGCAUGCAGAGACUGAGGUGGAGAAACGAGUAAUCAUUGUCGAGUCCUGCUGGGACCGCACGAAACGACAAGUGGACUUUGUUGUCCGCAUCACACCUAUCAUGGAUGCGGACCAUUGCCGUGUCAUAGACGAGCUGUUAAACCAGCUCUUGCUCAGCCUCUCUAUUGCUGUGAAUACUCUAGAAGAAGUCGCCCAAAGGCCGUCGCCUUCUCGACCGAAGAUCUUCCUCUCUCGGUUCAGAUCCAAGGCGGCUUGGGUUUGGCAGAAGGAGGCACUCGACAACGUUGUAUCCGAGCUUGAGGCGUGGCAGCGCCGCUUUGACCCCUCGUGGUACCUUCUUAUCAAGAUCGCAAGCCCAAUCUUAGAUACUGAGUUGGCAAAGGCAAAAGCUGCAGAGGCAAAAGUGCGUGGGCCUGCAACUGCCGCUAAGACCCCUCUUGCUCUCGCUGCCGGACUGCGAAAUGUGCUGUCACCCUCUAAAGAACAAACCAGAUCGCUUUUCCUACCGGAGAUGCAGAUGGAGUGGGCUGAUAUACCCUUCUCAGAUGCCAGAGCAGGCAGACGACAAGACGCAAGGGGAGACAAGUGGUAUAUUGUUGACACCAUCGAGGUCGGAGACGCGACACGAGUAAGCUCUAUUGCCCGAGACGUGCGUGUUCUCGCGGCGAAGCUUGCACAAGCCGAUCCUUUGGCCUUUGGCCUUCUGAACUGCAAAGGGGUUGUCGCAGUUCCACGACCGGACAUAGCGUCUGCCGUAGCCCAGCAGUUCGGCGAAAGCUUGGAGCCUCCUACCUCCGCCCCGCCUCGCCUUCUCUCACCAUCGCCAGGCCAGAGAGAAUAUUCUCAAUUCCAAAUUAUCUUCCGCUCGCCGCAAGAUAUAGAAAAAUUGCGGUCCCUACGCCAAUUGCUGCUCGACUCAGACGAUGACAUCUCAUUAUCCCGAAAAAUCAAUAUAUCGCGUGAACUUGGAAAAGCUGUAAACUACGUUCAUACCUUUGCAUUUGUCCACAAGAACAUUCGCCCCGAGUCGGUACUCUGCUUCGAGAUGCCACAGUCCAAGUACAACCAUUCUGUUCUCGUCGGCUUUGAUGCCUUCCGCGCAGCAGACGCCGGCACGCUGAUGGAAGGAGACAUGACCUGGGCUCGCAAUGUCUACCGCCACCCGAACCGACAAGGUACAGACCCCUCCGAAAAAUACAACAUGCGCCACGACAUCUACAGUCUGGGCGUCUGUCUACUCGAAAUCGGCCUCUGGAAAUCCUUUGUGAAGUACGAAGACCCACCUGAAGCGUCAUUCAAUUCUCCCUCUGCUCCGCAGUCCAAGUUCGGCGAACCAUAUUACGAUUUCAUUGCGUGGUGUCAGAGAAAAAGUCCGAUAUCCUCGUUCAACGAUCUAGCGUGGCAGCUCAAGAACUUCCUGGUUGAGCAGGCAUCUACGAGGCUGGCACAGCGCAUGGGUGAUAAAUACGCGCAAGUGGUGGUUUCGUGCUUGACGUGUUUGGAUGCCGACAACGAAAGCUUUGGAGACUUGGAGACUGAAGACGUCGACGACGACGUCAUCGGUGUGAGGUUCAUAGAAAAUAUUAUGAAGGUAUUAGACAGGAUCUCGCUGUGA